UAACUUUUUCAGUCAUCCCCAGCGAUAGACAAUAAAUAUAAAGCCCCGCCAUGAAGUGAACAAUACGCAGGCGCAGAAGAUCGAUAGGAGAGUAUAAACAAAAAUGGCGGCUAAGAAGUACACAACAGAGGAUUUAGAAGCCCACAUACAAGAAAUCCAGAACAGGAAGGCUGGUCUGAAGAAUGGAGCCCUUCCUCAACCAGGCGGCGGCGGGGGUGGCGGCGAGGGGGGCGGCACCAAGGAGGGGGAGCGGGUCCGGCUGGAUGGGGGUGGCUACUUCGACAGUGACAUCUAUGACAAUUCAAAUGGGAACAAAUACGCCAAUUAUGUGGAGUCCAUUGGCGUGGAUGACCUAGAUGAAGAAGAUGAUGAUGGAGGGACAAUGAUAGGAGGGAAAAAAGGAGGAAAUUAUGCUGCGCCUCAGUUGUUUCUUAAUGAAGUGGUGGACAAGGACCACGACCCCAUGGCACAGUACAAGCGGCCAACCAUCGCAGACCGGGAGGACGAGUACCGAGCCCGACGGAUCAUGCAGGUCAUUUCCCCAGAGAGACUCGAUCCUUUUGCCGACGGAGGAAAGACACCCGACAUGAACGCGCGGACGUACGCCCACAUCAUGCAGGAGGCGCGGCUCAAGGGGGAGGAGGCACUGAUCCGCAAAACCAUGGCUGAGCGGUCCAAGGAGGGCACGCUGCAGGUGGUGUCUAAUGGUGAGGCGCCCAAGGUGGCCCCCAGGAAGCGUGGUCGCUGGGACCAGACGGCUGACGAGACGCCCCAGGCAAAGAAAAAGUCCACCUGGGAGGCGGAGACGCCCUCUGUGGCCCGCUGGGAUGAGACACCUGGCCGGGCCAAGGGUGGCGAGACCCCCGGAGCCACCCCAGGCCAGAGCACCCGCAUGUGGGAUGCCACUCCCGGCCAUGCCACGCCCGGCCACGAGACCCCCGGGCACGACAAAAUGACGCCCUCCGCCCGCCGGAACAGGUGGGACGAGACGCCCAAGACAGACCGCGGCGAGACCCCCGGCCACAACAGUGGGUGGGCCGAGACACCCCGCACAGACCGGGGUGCCGGGGACCCCAUCCAGGAGACCCCCACCCCCAGCGCCAGCAAGCGGCGGUCACGCUGGGACGAGACCCCUGCCGCCCAGACCCCCGUGGCCACCCCCUCUGGCGCCAUGACGCCCUCCACGCCCCACACACCCAGCAUGACCCCCGGCAUGAUGACGCCUGGGGGCAUCACGCCCGGUGGCACCACACCCGUGGGGCCCAAGGCCAUCGGCAUGGCCACGCCUUCGCCUGGCCAGCUGGUCAACAUGACGCCAGAGCAGAUCCACGCCUUCCGCUGGGAGCGUGAGAUUGACGAGCGCAACCGUCCCAUGACGGACGAGGAACUGGACGCCCUCUUCCCCCCCGGCUACGAGAUCCUGCCCCCACCACAGGGCUAUGUGCCCAUCCGCACCCCGGCCCGCAAGCUGACGGCCACGCCCACCCCCAUGGCCGGCACGCCUCAGGGCUUCUACAUGCAGAAGGAGGGCAGCACGCCACGGCACGAUGACUCCCAGCCCAAGGGCAACCUGCCGCUGCUCAAGCCGGAGGACGCGCAGUACUUCGACAAGCUGCUGCAGGACGUGGACGAGGAGAGCCUGAGCCCUGAGGAGCAGAAGGAACGCAAGAUCAUGAAGCUGCUGCUGAAGAUCAAGAACGGCACCCCACCAAUGCGCAAGGCGGCGCUGCGGCAGAUCACGGACAAGGCGCGGGAGUUCGGGGCAGGGCCGCUGUUCAACCAGAUCCUGCCGCUGCUUAUGUCACCCACGCUGGAGGACCAGGAGCGCCACCUGCUGGUCAAGGUGAUUGACCGCGUGCUGUACAAGCUGGACGACCUGGUGCGCCCCUAUGUGCACAAGAUCCUGGUGGUGAUUGAGCCGCUGCUCAUCGAUGAGGACUACUAUGCCCGUGUGGAGGGCAGGGAGAUCAUCAGCAACCUGGCCAAGGCGGCCGGCCUGGCCACCAUGAUCUCCACCAUGAGACCUGACAUUGACAACAUUGAUGAGUACGUGCGUAACACCACGGCCAGAGCCUUCGCCGUUGUGGCCUCCGCCCUGGGCAUCCCCUCCCUGCUGCCCUUCCUGAAGGCGGUGUGCAAGAGCAAGAAGUCAUGGCAGGCACGCCACACGGGCAUCAAGAUCGUGCAGCAGAUUGCCAUCCUCAUGGGGUGUGCCAUCCUGCCUCACCUGCGCUCCCUGGUGGAGAUCAUUGAGCACGGUCUGGUAGAUGAGCAGCAGAAGGUGCGCACCAUCACUGCCCUGGCCCUGGCCGCCCUGGCUGAGGCCGCCACACCCUACGGCAUCGAGAGCUUCGACUCGGUGCUGAAACCCCUGUGGCGCGGCAUCCGGCAGCACCGCGGCAAGGGUCUGGCCGCCUUCCUCAAGGCCAUUGGCUACCUCAUCCCGCUCAUGGACGGAGAGUACGCCGACUACUACACCCGGGAGGUGAUGCUCAUCUUGAUCCGAGAGUUCCAGAGUCCUGACGAGGAGAUGAAGAAGAUCGUGCUGAAGGUGGUGAAGCAGUGUUGUGCCACGGACGGCGUGGAGCCCGGCUACAUCAAGGAGGAGAUCCUGCCACACUUCUUCAAGCACUUCUGGAACCACCGCAUGGCGCUGGACCGCCGCAACUACCGCCAGCUGGUGGACACCACGGUGGAGAUUGCCAACAAGGUGGGCACCUCGGAGAUUGUGAACCGCAUCGUGGACGACCUGAAGGAUGAGAACGAGCAGUACCGCAAGAUGGUGAUGGAGACCAUCGAGAAGAUCAUGGCCAACCUGGGCGCCGCCGACAUUGACUCCCGGCUGGAGGAGCAGCUGAUUGACGGCAUUCUGUACGCCUUCCAGGAGCAGACCACAGAGGACGUGGUGAUGCUCAACGGCUUCGGCACCAUCGUCAACGCCCUGGGCUCCCGCGUCAAGGCCUACCUACCCCAGAUCUGCGGCACCAUCUUGUGGCGCCUCAACAACAAGUCUGCCAAGGUGCGGCAGCAGGCGGCCGACCUCAUCUCCCGCAUUGCCGUGGUGAUGAAGACCUGCCAGGAGGAGAAGCUGAUGGGCCACUUGGGCGUGGUGCUGUACGAGUACCUGGGUGAGGAGUACCCUGAGGUGCUGGGCUCCAUCCUGGGAGCGCUCAAGGGCAUCGUCAACGUGAUUGGCAUGCACAAGAUGAACCCGCCCAUCAAGGACCUGCUGCCGCGCCUCACGCCCAUCCUCAAGAAUCGCCACGAGAAGGUGCAGGAGAACUGCAUCGACCUGGUGGGCCGCAUCGCCGACCGCGGCCCGGAGUAUGUCAGCCCUCGGGAGUGGAUGCGAAUCUGCUUCGAGCUGCUGGAGCUACUCAAGGCACACAAGAAGGCCAUUCGCCGCGCCACCGUCAACACUUUUGGCUACAUCGCCAAGGCCAUCGGCCCACACGACGUGCUGGCCACGCUGCUCAACAACCUGAAGGUGCAGGAGCGGCAGAACAGGGUGUGCACCACUGUGGCCAUCGCCAUUGUGGCAGAGACCUGCUCGCCCUUCACCGUGCUGCCUGGCCUCAUGAACGAGUACCGCGUGCCGGAGCUCAAUGUGCAGAACGGCGUGCUCAAGUCCCUGUCCUUCCUGUUUGAGUACAUCGGCGAGAUGGGCAAGGACUACAUCUACGCCGUCACCUCGCUGCUGGAGGACGCCCUCAUGGACCGCGACCUGGUGCACCGUCAGACUGCCUGUGCUGCCAUCAAGCACAUGGCCAUUGGUGUGUACGGCUUCGGCUGCGAGGACGCCAUGAUCCACCUGCUAAACUACGUGUGGCCAAACAUCUUUGAAACGUCCCCCCACCUGGUGCAGGCCUUCAUGGACAGCAUCGAGGGUCUCAGAGUCGCCCUGGGGCCCCAGAAGAUCCUGCAGUACGUCCUCCAGGGCCUUUUCCACCCUGCCAGGAAAGUGCGUGACGUCUACUGGAAGAUCUACAACAACCUGUACAUCGGAGCCCAGGACGCGCUGGUGGCCGGCUACCCCCGCAUCAACAACACUGGAACCAAUGUGUACAGCAGAGACGAGCUGGACAUGUUACUUUAAGCUACUUCUGGCGUGGGGGAGAGGCUGUCGGUGGACCAGGAGAGGUGGGCUGUGUCUGCGGAGGUUCUGAAGAGGAGGAGGUGUGUUAGGGAGCUUCUGAAAGGGGGGAAAAAUCUUGUCUAGGAGGUUUUAAAAGGAGUAGGUCUGUUUGGGGAGGUUCUGAAGGGAAAAAGGCUCAUCUGCUGAGGUUCUAACACAGAUGGUUUGUUUGGGAAGGUCUGAAAAGGGAAAAGUAUGAGAUGAAAUGGUUUUUGGGUGGUAAGGAGGGAAGUGUUAGUGUCUUAUGGAGGUUUGGAAAGGAAUUUUAUGUGCUUUGUGUGUUUGGAAAGGAAGAUGCAAUUUUUGGCCGUAUUUUGUAAAGACACGUAUUUUUGGAGUGUUUGAAAAAGGAGAAAUUUAUCUAUGGGUGUUUAGAAAGGAAGAUCAGUCCAGUUUUGGGUGUUUAGAAAGAAUUGAAGGUAUAUUUUUGGGACGUUUUGAUAAAGAGCAAUUUGAAAGAAUGUGUUUAGACGUGUUUGGAAAGAUAAGUGUGUUUUUAGGGAUGUUUUUGACAGGAAGAAAGUUUUUGGGCCGUUCAGUAAGAAGAGGUUAGAUUUGAAGGCAUAAUGGUGUGGUUUGGAGUAUUUUGAGAGAAAUGAGCAUGUUUAGAGGUGUUCGGAAGGCCCAUUUUGUGUGUCGAUGUUUGGAAGGGAAGCAGGCGGUGGUGUCUUGUGUUGUAGAGGUACAAGAUUACAAAUGUUUAGAAGAAAGUGGAAGCAUUUCAUUUCAGUGUUUAAAAAGUUGGAUUUCAUUUCAGUGUUUAAAAAAAGGUGCUUCGGAGAUCCAUUUCUCUGAUUCGGAGUCUCAUUUCACUGUUUCGAAGUAUCAUUGUUCUCGGAGUUCCAUUUCAUUGUUUUGAGGUUAACUUGAGUUGCUAGAGGACUGACAAACAUUAGUGUUGCCUGGAAUCGAGCAACACUCAUGCAGAUGCAACACAAAUGUAUUAGAGGAAACAGCAGGAGCAAACACAGCAUUAACUCCCCAAGGGGCAAGGAUGUUUGGCACUUGUUUGAGGCGCAACACAAUUUUACAGAAGUGUUGCGAGGGAUGAAACUCAUUGACUUUGUGUUCCUGGGAGUAGUUUUGGGUGUAAUUGAGCUAAACGCAACAGUAUCUGGUGUUGCUAAGAAUGUGUUGCUUGUGUUUCCACGACGCAACACAGCCUGAAGUGUUGCGCUCAUGAGGGGUGUGAGGGAAGGAAGGAGGGUCCAACACUUUGUUUACUGAUGUGCUUUUGUUUUUGGAUUGUGUUGCGUUAGAAUUUGAAUUGAGUUGCAGAAGUAAGAUACAACACAUUAUUAUUAUUAUUAUUAUUAUUAUUAUUAUUAUUAUUAUUAUUAUUAUUAUCAUUAUUAUUGUUAUAGGAAAUACAAAUCUGUACAUUAUUAUUAUUAUUAUUAUUAUUAUUAUUAUUAUUAUUAUUAUUAUUAUUAUUAAUAUGACAAUAUACAGAAUUUUUA